AUGUUCACAACCUCAACCUCAUUUCAGCAUGUAGUAGUAAGCUUUCUUUCUACCACUGCACCGAAUCUCUUGGACGACACCGAAUCAAAAGGGCGCAAAAGGAUGCACGUAGAAAGAUUUUCUGACAAGAAGAAGAUCGCGUUCACUCGUGAUUCGCUGUCUCAGGUUUUAUAUUACGACGAAUUUGUUAAGGAGUUGGUUCCAGGUAAAUCUAAGCAGAUGCUGAGCCGGAAAAAGUUUCGAUGGAACCCUGAAGCUGGACACCGAAAAAUGGCUAUAAUAUUGGCUGCAUCUUCUGCUGUCUUGGCUCUUCUUUUGGUUACUGCAACAAUGGGUUUCUUUAUAAGAAAGAAUGUAAUGAGGAAAAGAAGAGAGAGAAAACAAUUUGGGACACUUUUGGAUACAGUGAAUAAAUCCAAGCUAAAUGUUCCAUAUGAAAUUCUUGAAAAAGCAACAAAUUACUUCAAUGAUGACAAUAAGCUAGGACAAGGAGGAUCAGGUUCAGUUUAUAAAGGAGUUAUGCCAGAUGGUAAUACUGUGGCUGUUAAAAGGCUUAGUUUUAACUCGACGCAAUGGGUGGAUCAUUUCUUCAAUGAGGUUAAUUUGAUUAGUGGAGUUCAUCACAAAAAUGAUGAGAGAAGAAAGAAUACUUACACGUCGGAGUCACUCCGCCAACGCUUCAAUCGUGAUUCAGAGGGAAUGCUUCAAGCUUGA